AAACUCGCGUCGGUGCUGCGAAAGAAGACGGCGAUGGAUGUCGAGCGCGUGUUCAACGGGACGUCGAAGACGCGGGAGCGAUUGAGCGCGGUGAACGACGUGUUGGCGCUGUGGCGCAUGGAGGAUUUCGACGACGCGCUGGAGGAGCUGGAGGAGACGCUGCUGGGGGCGGAUUUCGGGCCCAAGGCGGCGACGCGGGUGACGGACGGCGUGCGCGCGCGCGUGGAGCGAGGCGAGUGUAAGACGGGGGGGGACGUGCGGCGAGCGCUGAAGGCGUCGAUCGUGGAGGUGUUGACCAAGGCGGGGGACGCGAUGAAGAUUGGAUUGAACGAGACGGCGGGCGAACCGAGCGUGGUGUUGGUGGUGGGCGUGAACGGGGGGGGGAAGACGACGACGCUGGGAAAAUUGAGUCAUCGAUUCGCGGAGAGCGGGGCGAAGGUGAUGAUGGUGCCGGGAGACACGUUUCGCGCGGCGGCGGCCGAACAGCUCGCGACGUGGGCUGAACGCACGGGAGCGGUGAUGAGCGACUCGCCGCCGAACACCAAACCGGGGGCGGUGUGUUACAAGGCGGUGGACGAGGCGUGCGCGCGGGGCGACGUCGACGUCGUGCUCGCGGACACGUCCGGGCGAUUGCACAACAACUCUCAGCUCAUGGAUGAAUUAGUCGGGGUGAAGAAUUCCAUCUCCAAGCGCUUGCCGAGCGCGCCGCACGAGGUUUUACUCGUCUUGGACGGCACCACCGGGUUGAACAUGCUCAACCAGGCGCGCGUUUUCAACGAAGCCGUGGGCGUGACGGGAAUCAUUUUGACCAAGCUCGACGGCACCUCGCGAGGAGGCGCGGUGGUGAGCGUGGUGGAUGAGUUGGGGAUUCCCGUCAAGUUCGUUGGCGUCGGCGAGUCGAUGCAAGACUUGCAGUCGUUCGACGCGGUCGGGUUCGUCGACGCGUUGUUC